AUGUCAAGGAGAUACGAUUAGAAAACCAAUACUUUCACACCUGAUGGCAGAUUGAAAUAAGUAGAAUAUGCAAUUGAAGCUAUCAAUUAAACUGGAUCAGCCCUAGGCAUUUUAACAAAUGAAGGAAUGAUUUUAGCCACAGAGAAAUAAGAAGUGUCACAUUUAUUAGAACAUUCAAAGCACUCUGAAAAGAUUUAUCCUAUUGAUAGACACAUAUUUUCUGUUGUUUCAGGUCAUACAGCUGAUGCAAAUAUUUUAAUAAAUUAUGCAAGAGAGGCAGCAGCAAAUCAUAGGUAAUANGCAAAUAUCUAUAACCAAAAAAUUUUGGGGAAUUUUAUUAUUGAAAUUAAAAGAAUGAGUCUAAAACUAUCUCAAUCUAAAGAAUUUUAUCUUUUGCAAUAAAAAUACAGCAAUUUUUAUUAUUUGAAUUAAAAAAUAUAGAUGUGA